AUGGAAGAAGCAAUCAUGAGACUCGAAGGUGCCGAGCAGAGAGUAAACAACCAUUCUCUAAAGAGAAAGCCAUCAAGAGCUUCUUCUACCGCUCCUGGCUCUCCGGGAGGAGUAACCACCACGAAACCUGCCUCCGGCGCCGGCGCUUCCAGUGGGUCCACAUUGAGGUACCGAGGCGUGAGGCGCAGGCCAUGGGGUCGUUACGCUGCUGAAAUACGAGACCCCAUGUCGAAGGAGAGGCGAUGGCUCGGAACAUUCGACACGGCCGAGGAAGCAGCUUGCGCAUACGAUUGCGCUGCUCGAGCCAUGCGUGGUCUUAAGGCUCGAACCAACUUUGUUUACCCAAUUCCUUCUCUUGACUCUUAUCACCAUCGUCUUUUCUCGCCUCCUCCAAUGAACAUGUUCCUUCUACAUGACGUCUUUAACUCUCAGUCUCUGUCUCCGUUAACCACCUUCGGUUACCCGCCCUGCAAUCUGUCUAACGUAAACGACAUCGUUCCCGAGUCCUUCACUAAUGUCAACAAUGUAUCCGAGGAUCUCUCGCCUAAAGCAAAGAGGUCAAGUACCAUUGAUAAUGAGAGAAUGAUCUCAGUUUUCGAACCGGAACCAGCUGGUUCUGGUCUUCUUCAAGAAAUUGUUCAAGGCUUUUUGCCAAAACCUAUCUCUCAACAAGCUUCAAGACCUCCAACGACGAACCAACCGGCGGUUGGUGUUUUCAAGACAAUGAUAGAUACAGGAUUUCAGCCAGAUCAUCGUAGUUUACCGGAUCACGUCAAUGUCGAAGGAAACGGAUUCGGUCAGGUGAAAUAUCAUGGAGAGUUGGGUUGGGUUGAAGAUGAGAGUGGGUUUGAUUCAGCUAAGAUGCAGCAGAACGGAAAUGGUGGAAUGUUUUAUCAGUAUUGUUGUCAUGAUUAUUAG